GCCGCAGCGCCGGCGGCUGAUUCGGAGGCAGCGGCGGGGGAUGGACGAAGGUACCUGCGGCGGCCAGCGGCGACGGGCGGCCCAGAUUGCAGCCUCUGUUUAAGUAUUGGGAAGGCUCUGGAUCAUCUUCAACAAGACGGACGUUGAAUGUUUAGCAUCACCUCUUUGGGUUUUUGAAUGUGAAUUGGAACCACUUUAUUUCUAGGAACCAAAUGGGAAAUCUUUUAAAAGUUCUCACUUGCACAGAGCUUGAUCAGGGGCCAAAUUUUUUCCUUGACUUUGAAAAUGCACAGCCCACGGAUGGAGAAAGGGAGGUCUGGAACCAGAUCAGUGCAGUUUUACAGGACUCAGAAAGCAUGCUUGCAGACCUUCAGGCUUACAAAGGAGCUGGACAAGAAAUUAGAGAUGCAAUACAAAAUCCCAAUGAUAUUCAGCUGCAAGAAAAAGCAUGGAAUUCAGUCUGUCCCCUGGUUGUAAGGCUAAAGCGCUUUUAUGAAUUUUCACUCAGAUUAGAGAAAGCCCUGCAGAGUUUACUGGAAUCCUUGACAUGCCCUCCCUACACUCCAACUCAGCACCUGGAACGGGAGCAGGCUCUGGCGAAAGAGUUUGCAGAAAUCUUACAUUUUACUCUUCGUUUUGAUGAACUUAAGAUGAGAAACCCAGCGAUUCAGAAUGACUUCAGUUAUUACAGGCGGACAAUAAGUCGCAACAGAAUAAACAACAUGCAUCUAGACAUUGAGAAUGAAGUGAACAAUGAAAUGGCUAAUAGGAUGUCCCUGUUCUAUGCAGAGGCCACACCAAUGCUGAAAACCCUCAGUAAUGCAACGACACAUUUUGUAUCAGAAAACAAAACGUUACCAAUUGAAAAUACAACAGACUGUCUAAGUACUAUGGCCAGUGUAUGUAAAGUCAUGUUGGAAACACCAGAGUACAGGAGUAGAUUCACCAGUGAAGAGACCCUUAUGUUCUGCAUGCGAGUAAUGGUGGGAGUUAUUAUUCUGUACGAUCACGUUCAUCCUGUGGGAGCUUUCUCAAAGACAUCAAAGAUUGAUAUGAAGGGAUGCAUAAAAGUUUUAAAGGAACAACCACCUGACUCUGUGGAAGGACUUCUGAAUGCUCUCAGGUUCACUACAAAACACCUGAAUGAUGAAUCUACUUCAAAACAAAUUCGAGCUAUGCUGCAGUAGUGUCCACAGACAAGUAGAUGUUUGUAUUGAUCACAGAUGUGUAUGUUUACAUAAUUUAAUACAGUUUGAUGUUAAUACUUGUGUGUAUUUGCAUAACCAUUUUCUUCACAUUGCUAAAAUAUAGGAAUCUGUUCAUAACCUGACUGACUAUAUAGUGCAACCUAAGUUUUUAUUCCAGCCUUUAUCUUUGACUUUUAAAAUACUUUUUUACUUAGAUACUUCAGUUAAGACAGUUUAUCUGUGCAUUUUAAUCCUUAAACACCUUCUCUAUCAGAGAAGUAGUAGUGAAGACAAAAUGGAAAUCAAACUGAAAUGUCAAAGGUAUCACAGAAAAGGAACUUUAAAGAAGAAGAAAGUUAAUAUAAGAGAAAGCAAAAUUAAUUUGGUAUGUUUUGAAAAACAUGUGCACAGUUUUUUGGUCAGUUUUAGGAUCUUGUCAAACUAGUAUGAAUAGGAGAAUACCUGAAUGUUCAUCACUCAUAAAAUGCAUUGUCUUUCCUGUAAUAAGUGGGGAUCCACCUACUUUUAUGAAUUAUGUGUUGUCUGAAAUACAUCCAAAAAUGUAUUUCAAACAGGUAAUUUUACCUUUUUAAUUAAGUAUAAGCCCUACCUUUCAACAGCUGAGGAAAUUAAUAUCCUUUCUCAGAUGCAGUAUACAUAAACAGAAAAUAUGGUUAAAGAGCAUUGAUAGAUUUUGAAAACUCUGUAUAAUUUUAUUAGAUUUAGAAAGGAAAAAAAAAAUACUAAUGCCUUGACUUAACUGGAAAAGGUUUGUCAGUGUAAAUAUUUCACAGUGAACUUUAACUACCAGACAGCUCUAGCCAGUAAUUUUUUGGCUGAUCUAAACUAGUACACUCUUCUGUAGCAAACUUCCCUGGUGUCAAAUCGGCUGCAUCAGACCUAGGGAUGGUUUAAAAUGAAGAGCUGAUCUGUUCUUAGGAACUCCAUUAAAUUCCUAGUAGUGUUAUUCAUUAGAUGAGUCAGAGUCAACACAGAAAUAUUUAUCAGCUGACUGCUCUUCACUGGCUUUUGAGAUGUGAUUGAUAUUUCAAGAAGUUAAGUUCCUUGCUGACUUGUUUGUUCUUAUUUUCUGGUAAAUUUUCCAGUUAAUGGAAUAGAAAUACUUUGCCAAAAGCAGCAAAGUGCUCAUGCUCUGUUAUGUGUGUCUACUGGGUGGUCUGCUGUACAUAUUCUUGCAGAGGUCACGUUCUGAAAAUGUGUUUGAUUUUGUGUACUUCGCUUGCAUGUAUGUGUGGAAACUCCAGUGCUUGUGCACAGAUUCAGAUUUGUAUUUGCUUAUCUGCAUAUGGAUAAUCAGGGUUUGUGUGCUUUCACUGGAAUUUUCAUGCACAUCUCUUCUAAAAACUUUACCUUAAGACUUUGAAAAUGGAUUUGGUCUGUUGGAACUUGGCUGCACUGUGGCAAACUGCGUCAUUGAACUCAGUCCUUUAACAGUAUUAAUGUCACAAGUUCUCUGGAGUAGGGAUUAAUUUAAGAGCUUAUUUCUGAGCAGAGCAACCCCUGUGAGGUUUGUUAGACCUGAUCAGAACCCACAGGUGCCAAUGUCAUGCGUGUCCUGAUACUGGACAGCUCCACAUCUCCAGCAUUCAUGUCACACCCCUGCAGGUGCAGCAGCCAGUUGCGAUGUUGUUGUUAGGGAGAGAGAACUCACUUAUAUUAGAUCUUCUUUUUCUGAAAGCAAUGACCACACUUUUUUCACAGUAGUAAAUCCACUGUUUACAGGCUCCAUUUUUUAUGGGGGGACAUUUAAAAAUGUACGUUAGGGAAAAUCCUGCUUUGUUCAUAGUCACUUCCAGUUAAGUAAAUUAGGUGGAUGACAGGCCAUUCUGUUGGGCUUUGGUAACUGAAGUUAACAUAUGCUUACCUGCAAUUUUUUGUCAAACAAUGAAAUCUUAUCUUUAAAUACUGCAAAGAAAAACUAUUUGUCACUUGUAUAAUAAAAAUGUAAACCUUAAAGCA